AUGCAGGAGGAAGACGAGAAGAAAAAUGGCGCAGAAUUAUCAGCGAUUGAACUCAGUGUAGAAAGAUUGGCACAGAAAACUGAACAAUUAUUACAACAACAUCGACCGCAAUACGUAUACAACCCGCCGCAGUUCGAGGGACCCAGGAUAAAUGAAGACCAGACCGUUGGUACAGCAAGCCUAGCAUAUCAGGGUAGGAAAUUCAAUACAAUUCCAAUUUGUGGCAUUUGUAAUAAGCAGGGUCAUUCUGCAGCCGGCUGUUACAGCCGUGAAAAUUAUUUCAGUGGUAAUUGUUAUAAUUGUGGCAAAAGAGGUCAUAUUGCAAAAAAAUGUCGGGGAAGGGUGCAAAAAAGGGAUUUGAGAGAUAUAACUUGUUAUAGUUGUGGGGUGAAAGGCCAUAUUGGUAGAAAUUGUAACAAUGAAAAACAGGGUGACAAUUUAAACCCAAAAGGAAGGGCGGAAAAUAGACCAACUAGCCAUGAAAAAAAUGGUAGAAAGCCCCCUUUUGUGUUCAAUGUCAACCGAUAUAUAUAG